AUGGCAUUCUCCCAGUCGUCGCUGGUAGCAAGCCUGCUGCCUGGUCUUAUUUCUUCGACAGUCUCUCCGUCGAGAUCAUCCACAUUCACGGCUUCUUCUAUCCACCAACUCUUCGUCGCACCUUCAAAUUCCACCUCAGAAACCCCUAAUGGACAUGAUGGGAAUAACGGGGGAAGCAUGCAUGAAUGGUCAUCGCUGAUUGGAAUCAUCACGGCUCUAUGCGGAAAUGUUCUGAUCUCAUUAGCUCUCAAUAUACAACGCUACGCGCAUAUUCGGAUCGCAAGGGAAUGGGAACAAGACAAGAAUCGCAGCGGGGAAUAUGGAAACACUGGAACCCGCGUUGGGUCGAGGGGAAGAUCCCCGGCCCAAUACCGAGACUCGGACCAUAAUGAUUUCGAAUCUUAUCGCGACGAAGAUGUUGUCGACACCGAGGGGAGGAACACUAGUUCAAGCUCGCGGGCCACUAGCACCGGAAGCAAGGAUGGCGCAGACGGUAACCGCAAAUCCUACCUUAAGUCUCCAUACUGGUGGGUUGGAAUCGUGCUUAUGGUUGUGGGGGAAAUGGGCAAUUUCAUGGCCUACGGCUUUGCGCCAGCGUCGAUCGUCUCGCCAUUGGGAGUUGUGGCUUUGAUAUCGAAUUGUAUCAUUGCGCCAUGUCUGCUCAAGGAGAAAUUCCGCAAGCGAGAUCUCUGGGGCGUGCUCGUCUCUAUUGCCGGUGCUGUCGUUGUCGUUCUCAGUGCUAAAUCGUCCGAAGAACAAAUUGGACCUGAUGAAAUUUGGGCGAACAUCACACGAUGGGAAUUCGAGCUCUAUCUUGGGUUGACCACAUCGUUGAUUAUAGGUCUUAUGUGGGCAAGCCACAAGUAUGGCUCGCGAUCGAUCCUUAUCGAUGUUGGGCUCGUUGCACUAUUUGGCGGAUACACGGCUCUUUCUACGAAGGGUGUCUCUUCGCUUCUGUCUGGCACCUUGUGGCAUGUUAUCACAUUCCCUAUCACCUAUUUGCUUGUCUUCGUCCUUGUCUCUAGUGCAUUGAUGCAAAUCCGAUACAUCAAUCGUGCUCUGCAACGCUUCGAUUCCACGCAGGUGAUCCCGACGCAGUUUGUUCUCUUCACUCUCGCUGUUAUCAUCGGAAGUGGAGUCCUUUACCGUGAUUUUGAGUCGAUAACGGCUGAGCGCGCGACGAAAUUUGUUGGUGGAUGUCUCUUGACUUUCCUCGGUGUUUCUUUCAUCACGAGCGGCAGAGUCCACGCCGACGAUGAGUCGUCAUUUUCACCCGAAGACGAGGAGGGGUCCAUUGGUUUACUCAAUGGCGAAAGGUAUCAUGACAGCAUUGAUUUGUCUUCGUCUGGCCAUCAAUUGCCGAAGGCAUCAGACGUUCCCAGAGAACCGCAAUAUGACGUUCCACGAUCCCCAACGGGGUCUAUAUUGAGCCAAGGCACUGAUGAAGUUGAUGAUGAUCAGUCUGCCCCUAGAGGCAUUCUUUCCGCCGCACCCUCUUCGCCUCGUGGAUCUUUAAUCGAUGCAUCUCCUCUGUCUGCUCCAUCGUUUGACUACGCUUCACCACUGCGACCCCCGUCUCGCAUGUCCAACCCAUGGGCAGACGUCCAGUAUCAGGCUGGCGUAACCCCGCAGUCUGAUAUCCACCCCGUUACGCCUCCCGAGCAGGAAGACGAGACACCACAAGCCUCAACAGUCCUCCUACGGUUCCCCCUGCACCCGGUCUUGAAGAAGCAGUGGGGGGGCAAUGGAAACGCCGGCACCGUCCGACAUCAAGCCAACCACCCUACUCGCGACGAGACUUUCCUUGAAACACCAUCGCGGCGCGCUCUGCGCAACUCCAUCUCUCACCGUUUCUCCCCUGGGCCUCUUCUUCCCACACUUUCCGGUGGCUUCACUGCCGUGGUCGCCGAUUCUAUCCGACGUGGCGAUGGUAGUCCCCUCAAGGAUCGGACAAGGCGGAGAUUAGGACGUCGGCGUCAGCUCGACGGCGCUUUUACAGAUCCAUCCCUCGAGGGAAAUGGUGAUUCGGCGCUUUCACUUGCAACUGCUCGACUCCAGUCCGCUACCAACCUUGCAGACAGACCCGCCGAGGCUGGCCGUUCAACGUCAGCUGUCCCGACAGAAAUAGAUACCGUACCGACACAUCACCCCAACGAAGAUGUGACCCGUCUUCGCAGCCUGAGUGACUCGUGGAGUGGUGGGCUUGCCUGGCUGGGUGGUGCUCUCCGCAAACCCCAGAACACCAAACCCGCGGACAGUGUUGCUGCGACGGGAACGCCAACACCAGAGAAUGAGACACAGCCCCAGCCAAGCUACAACGCGGGUGAUCCUGACACGGAAACGGAAGCUCGGCGAUAA